GAAGAUUCAAAGUUUUUGUUCAGUUUUUUGCUUUAACUCUGACCGACUAUGUUUGGCUUUCACAAGUCAAAGAUUUACCGGAGUAACGACGGCUGCUGCAUCUGCAAGACCAAGUCCUCCAGUUCACGCUUCACAGACAGCAGUCGAUAUGAAGAAACAUUCAGGCUCUGCUUUGGGUUGUCAGAGGAUCGUGUUGGAGACAUCUGCAACGCCUGUGUGUUACUGGUGAAGAGGUGGAAGAAGCUGCCUAAUGGCUCCAAGAAGAACUGGAACCAUGUGGUGGAUGCCAGAGCCGGGCCGGGCUUCAAGGUGACAAAACCCAAGAAGAUCAAGAACAGUGAUGGGAAGAAGAAAAGCAAGCUAAAUAAGCUUCACAAGUUAAAGAGACAAAACUCAGAUGCCCACAGUACGACCUCCAGUGUGUCUCCUGCCCAGUCACCCAGCUACAGCAACCAAUCAGAUGACGGCUCAGACAUCGAGUCCAAACAGAGACGCUCGACUCCGUCUAUCUUCUCUUUCUUGGACCGUUCCUACUGGAAAAGGCAGGCAAACUUAAUUUAUUCUUAUUAGAUGACA